AUGUCAAUGAUGCAUGAAUUUGACAUGUAUGAUUUGGGAAAGAUGAGAUAUUUUCUUGGCAUGGAAGUUAUACAGAAUUUGAAGAGGAUAUUCAUGUGUCAAAGAAAGUAUGCGAGAGAAGUGCUUGCUAGAUUUCCCAUGUCUGAUAGCAAACCAGUUGGAAAUCGUAUUGUGCCAGGCACAAGGCUUUCCAAGGAUGAGAAGGGAACCAAGAUCGACUCAACCAUGUUCAAGCAAGUUGUUGGAAGCUUGAUGUACUUGACAGCAACGAGACCAGACAUUAUGUUUGGAGUGAGUUUGAUUAGCAAAUAUAUGUCAUCUCCAACUUAG